GAGAGAGAGAAAGAGAGAAAGAGAGAGUGAACAUGUGCUCUAAUUUGGUAAGAUUGAUUAAGCAUGUUUGUGUUAUUAGAUCAUUAUCAUCAAAAAAAUGGGAUAUUACACGCCUGUAUGACGAACAAAAAAGCUAUGGGUGCUUAUUAUCAUUGUAAAAACAAGUUUACAAAAAAACCCUAUUUCCCUGAAGAUAGCUGUGCCUUGAUGCAGGCUGCUGAAGUUGAAGUCUGUUCUGGCUCUCACAGUCUUGCUCAAGUUGUCACUUUCCUGUCAACAGACAAUGACGUUGUACAGGCUCGUUCUGAGAAUCUUGCUUUGAAGAUCACUCGGUCUAACUCUCCUACGGACUCCCUUUCUCCUCAAAUAGAGUCUAUGGAGUGCGAUAAUGACGAAAUUCCAAAGAUCCGCUUUACCUGUUAA